AUGGACGCCGUAGACUUGCCCAAUAAAGAUAACGUGAGCUCCCAGCGGGGAGGUAUAUCGGAUACGUCCAGCAAGGAUCAGAAGGCGGACACGCCUAAAGGGACAUCCAAUUCGGCCAAGCUCGAAUCAGCGGGCGAACCGGGCAACCCCUCUACAUCAGCUGCCUUAUUCAUAGGAGACACGGAUUCUGCUACUAUCGGUACGGAUGAUGACAAAGCAAAUAAGUACAGAAUGUUUCUGCAAAAUUCUAGCGACCAAUAUACAGUUCAGCAGAUGGAAAGAUUUCUAAAACAUGGGAUUUCAGAUAAUGGCAUGAGGAUGUUGACGACGGAUACUUGCACGUGGGUUUACGAUUACUACAAAACCACCAAGACGUCCACUCCAAAUUUGAAGGAACUCACGCCAGGCACGACCGUCGACUAUUAUUAUUACUCGACUCCCUUCCGCACACAAAUUGGGGACAUAGACCUGGUCAUGAUGCAUAGUCAGGUGAACUUUGAAGACGGAACUGCUGCUCCCGCCGACAGGGUUUUCAAGAUGAACGAGGUAACGCCCGAAAUGGUAAAGGCGGCAAAGGUGAAGGCUCGGCAGUAUAAGAAUGAGUGUAUCGACUGGAUUUAG